AUGGCAGGAGCACAGACAGGAGAGAACUUUCAGCGGGAUGACCCUCAUUCUUCACACCAGCCUCUGAGCACAGUGGGGAGGCUGGGGGAGGACCAUUUCUGCUCAACGUGGGACAUCCCUAACGGGCAAUCAUUGCACUGCAGCUCCCUGGUGAACUGGCCCAUACUUUGUCAAAUCCCCUGCACCACCCCCCAGACCUCACACACACACACACACACACAACCACUUGAACUACUAAUUCCAUCUCAAACUACUAAUUCCAUCUCUGUGUCUCCUUCCCAAAGGAUCCAACUAACAGCACCAGUUAAACUCUCUGGGAUUCCAUUUUCCCUCUUUCAGAUUGCACAGUUGGGAGAUCAGGUCUGA